AUGUCCUCGUCCCCUUCGUCGGUUAAGCAAAGGUCGCCGAAGCGGACUUCCCCAAGAAGGACACCACUGCGACAGCAGUCAGCCUCCCAAGCGAACGAAGUCUCCUCGCGCCUGGGCAAAGAGUCGCGAUCAGAAGAGAACCUGGACAUAUACAAUGCCAAUCCAUUCCCGACAAAGCCUUCGCAGGUGCUGCUGCCCAGCACCCUCCGCAAGAAGAAAAGCUUCGGCCCCAGCCCACUCAGUGAUACCUUUGGGUUCCUGUCCGACAGUGAGGCAGGCACAAGCAGCGUCUCGAAAAGCUCGCGGGGUUCGCAGCCUACUGUUAGACUGAAGCGAUCAGUCAAAGCAUUGAGAGAUCUCUAUGAGGCACAGGGAGAGGACACUUCGCGUCCUUCCACCGCAACAUCACCGCCUCUGCGCCCGAGCACGGCGAGUUCAUUGCGGUUGAGAAGCCUCAGCUCGAGCGAGAGCUUGUCCGGGAGAUAUGCUUGGGAGUCACUUCAUCACAUUUCAAACGAGGAUUUGGCAUUACUGCCGGCCUUGCCCUUAGGGACCCCUGCUGCCAAGAGGAUCUCGUCGCGGACCUCAGUGUCCAUAGCUGGAGAUGCCCCGGUGACCUCGAGCCCAAACUACAAAGUGCUGGGCGCAACAUCGAGUCCGCGGCCUCCGGCGUUCAAAGACCCAAAUAGCCCUCUGCUGGAAGCCUUUGAAGACCCACCAAGUACAAGCUCAGCUGAAGAAAGCUCCUCAAGUCCCAAUAUCGUCCGCCUUGCACAAUCCUCCAGUACAGAAGACUUUCAAAGCACUGACCAGUCCUCGAGCCCCAACGUGGUCCGCCUUGGCCACACGUCGAGUACGGAACGGUUUAGUGACGGCGAGCCAUCGUCGAGUCCAAAUGUGGUAAAAUUGGGAACAUCUUCGCCGGGACAUUCCCCAGCUACAGCCCGGAAGGCACAUUCGGAUUACUCUAUGCGGUCUCGGUCGUCCUCCUCUAUUUCUCUGGGGAAAAGGAAAAGGUCCGAUACGGCUAGGGGGCGGUCUUUUGCCGAGAGGAUACGGGCAGGAAACCCUCUCGCAUCGAGCCCUCCAACCAACCGCCACAUCGACAUUGUGGCUGCAGGUACAAGCUCUCCCGUCAAUCCAGGUCUGCCCUCGUCGGCACCACAAAGCAUUCAGCAAAGUAGCAUUGUCGAUGAGUCGAGUCCAGUAGUUCGAGUCCUGGGCCGGGAUGACCCUUCGUCUGACGGCAGCUCGGUUGCUGAAACCCAUUCGAGUCUUCAAGCGGCCCUGAGCUCCAGCCCGCCUAGGAUUCAAUAUCCGGUUGUCCGCGCUCCACCUCCCAGUCAGCAGGUCGGCAUCAGCGUCCCAAAACGCAACUCGAGAUCGAUGUCUACAGAAGGCUCAGCACCAAUGUCUUCUGCUUUAUCAGCAAUACCAUCUGAAGGCUCCUGGUUGAGGUCGAGACACAUCAGCGAAAUCAGUGAGAUCAGCGAGCUCUCUUCGGCUCCGGAUCUUGAUGAAUAUCUCAACUCGGAAGACCUAGCUCCAGCAUCUAAAUACAUCAUCAAUGAGUCUGCGAACCAGACACAAAUUCGGCUUGUUCCAGGUCCGCGAACGGGCACGGCAAUUGAGUCGCAAUGUGAUCCCGCAGGCGACCACCAUUCGAUCGACCCUCACUACCACGAAGCCUCGGACGAAGUUUCCGCCCUUCCCAUGUCAGAAUAUGCAUACAGAUCAUCACCUCUCCGACAGGUUCGGAGCGGUAGCCUCUCCUCAGGCACCAACUCAGCACAACAGUCUACAACUCGCCUUAAUUCCAUGAGAUCAUUUACGCAGUCACGACAAACCAGUUUUCUUCGUCCCAGCUCUUCAUCCAGCAGUAUCAUCAGCGCCGCUCCGGUCCCCUCUUGGGCCCGGAGGUAUUAUUCGGGCAUGUACAGAGAUUCUUUUCAAUAUCUAUAUCCCAGCGGAUCAUAUUUGAGUUUACGUUCGCUGGCAGCGAGACAAGCACCGAUUCCUGUCUCGACUCUGGCACGAGCACCUUCCCGACCCGACACAACGAGGUCAAGAAGUCCCAGCCUCAGCAACAUUCACUACAGUAUGAGCGAUCGGCUAGGUGGUCUUCUUCGCCCCAAGAGACCGAAGCUAGCUGCCAGAAAAUCCCACACUCUGCCGGGAGUAGGACCGCUUGUCUCCAAUCCAGCUACCAAACUCCUCUCUCCUCCACCAUCAGUAGCGCAGCCCUUUGUGCAUGGAGCACGGCGGCAGUCGUAUCAACAAACCCGAGUCUACGAAUUACCAUCCGGACAGCACAGCAGAGCGGCGUCUGUGCCCUUGCCUCCCGUCGAUCCCCGCGCGCACUGGGCUGGCAUCGUCCACAUACACGAGCAACCGCAUGAAGAUGGAAAGGGUUCAAGCUACACGAUUCAUCACCACGCGUAUACUUACAGCGCCUCUGGCUCUGAAUCGCUGAAUCAGUCCGUCAUUCAUCGACCUUGGAAUAAGGAGUUGCGCAGCUCAUGGCAUCGGUGGUCCUCAUCUCCUCAUCUCCACCAUGACGCCCGGCUGAACACUGGCUCCUCUGUAUCCCGUGGCUUCGGAUUCCCCUUCAACUCGAAAGCACGCUGGACGACCGGCGUCCCUGAGAUCACCACAAACGACGGCGACACACCUGGGUCAAUGUUCCAUGUCGAUCUCCGCUCGGUUCAGGUUCUAGCUUUUGCCACGGGAUUCCUCAUGCCAUUGACAUGGUUCAUCGCUGCUUUCCUGCCGCUGCCAAAACGGCCAGAUAGUUUCGGUGACAUUGAGAAACAAGUUUACCGGGAGUCCCAACAGCAAUGGCGUCAAAUCCAAGCCCAACGUCAGUCUUCUCCUGCGCAACAAUCCCUCACGCAAUCCGUGCGAAACUCCCGAACUCAGGGUACCUCGCGCCCCUCACAAGAUGCAGGUUGGGAAUCAGGCUCUCUUGAGGUCCUGGCCAAAUUGUGUCUAGAACGAAACCAGGCCGGCGUUGCAGAGCUCAAAUUUCAAAAUGCGAGGUGGUGGAGAAAUCUCAAUCGUUGGAUGUGUAUCGUGGGCGUAGUGGUUAUUACCCUCGCUGUGGUGUUGGCUGUAUUAGGGACGAAGAGUAACUGGGCAGAACGUUGA